AUGAACACCUCCACAGAAACUUCAAACAAUCAAGAAGAAGAAGCUUCUUCAAUAUCCGGCGAAACCACUACAAUAAAAUUUACUCCAUGUACCAUAUGUUCAGAACCUGGUUGUAUUACUAGUAAACAAAUAACAACAACAACCAUUAAAGUGAUAACAGUAGUCAUAAGAAAUGAAGAUGGAGACAGUAUAACUAAUUCAUUUGUCGAAACAGACGUGUCACCUGUUGUAACUACAAUAGAAACAUCUGACCCAUCACAAAUUGAAGUUGAAACAACCGAAUAUCCACGACAACCACCACAACAAGAAGAACUUCGUCAAGAAGAAGAGAUACAGGAAGUAGAAAAUGGCAUUAAUACACUUACUAUUAUCGCUGAAUCAGAUUAA